UCUCGAGUGCACGUUCAGUUCGGUUCCAAUGGCACUUUUAUCCGGAUGUGUUUUAGUUGUUUGUUAUCAGGGCAAAAGAUUUGCAGUGUUCAAUUAAUCACGACACGACUGAUAAGCUAGUUGUUGUUCUUGACUCCCAUCGGGGUUUGGAUUUCGACAAAAAAAUACGUGUACUUUUUGGGGGUGGAAUUCGUAGUGAAAUUCAUCUGGUUGAUUUUUUUUCCCAAUUGCACAACCUGCAUCUGAUUAGAAUAUAAUGCAGAGUGGCUGCGGUCUGCUGGUUUCGGUCAUCAAAACCCUCGACGCAAGCGAAACCAACGAGCAGCGGGAGCGGGAGAAGCUUAAAAUCGAAAAGGAGUUCCGGAAGACCGAUCAGCGUCUCAAUGAGCUGGUUUCGCGGAACGAUGGAGACCUCACCCGGGUUAUGCAACUGUUCGGCAAGGUCUCGGUACAGGUGACCAGCUCUAGGGAACGGAUUCACGUCGUGAAGGAGAACUUACAAAGCUGCAAACAGUUGUUACGUUGCCGAAGAGAGGAACUAAAGAAGCUCUACACCGAUGCCAUCCAGCACAAGUGUGUGCUGGAGAUGUUGGAUCAGGUUAAUGAACUGCGUCGUACUCCUCAACAACUAGCAUCGUUUAUGGCCAAGAAGCACUAUCUCCAUGCAACGAAACUGCUAAGAACAUCGGUUGAAUCCAUUGAAGGCCCGCUGAAAGACGUUGAAGGGCUACAGGAUUUGAGACAGGAUCUGCAAGCUAAACGUCACCAUCUGUAUAGCAAACUUUUGGAAGAACUGAACAAGCAUCUUUACGUUUCCAGUACCGAUGGGGUGUUGCAAAGCUUCCAGCGUCAGAGCUCCGGGAGGAACAGUCAUUCUGCUGCGGCUGGGGCUUCUCCAUUUCAGCGCAAUGUGCUGAGACGAUCGGCCGAAAGAGUGGAAGCCAACACCAAGGCUCGGAAGGCGCUUUUUGAGAUUGCUCAGAAUGGCUACAUGGACGUGGACAAGAGUGAAAUCAUCGAGGACACGGAUCUGCUGGACCCGGACGUUAAUUCUACUUACUUCAUCGGAAUCAUAAUCGAGUGCUUUGCGCUGCUUAAUAAAGUGCCUGACUCCAUAGAGUCUCUAAGAACCCACAUGCAAAGUGAACUGCUUGCGAUAGUGACCAAAUCGACGCAUCACAUCGUUACGGUCAGCCAGCAGCAGCACCCACAAAACCACGCUCAAGGUGCGAAUGCCUCGGAAGACCUUCCGGAACAGAAGAUCCCCAUUUUGGAACUGCUGGAUUUGGUCUUCAAACAGUUCAAGCUGAUCGCCAACGCUCAUCAGCUGACGCUGAAGAACUACCACAACGUGAUGCACCGGUACAAUCUACCGCAAGUGAAGGCCUAUGAUCUGAUCGAGUACUGGGGCCAGGCGCAGGCCGUUUUGAAACUCGUUCUCACCGACUAUCUGGACAUUCAGAAUGAUAGCAGUGAUGAGCUGAUGCGCACACAAUUCACCGAACAAACAACAAAUAUCAAUACGUUCUUCAGCCGGCGGAAGGUGCAGGGAAAGAAGUUGUUGUUUAAGUUCGAUAAGUCUUCACAUACGGUUGAUGUGGAGCCUAGUACAGGGUCUAAGGAACAUCGGAGAAACCCUUCGAAUGUCUCAAACAGUACCGGGAAGGAACAGGAUCUGUUGAAUCAUACGGGUCCUAAUGGAUCGAAUCUAUUGAAUUCGAGCUUCAACAAGCAUCAUCCGAGUGCUGUCGGUGUCCAUGAUAAGAAGAAGCAGGAACGGCAGCUGGUGUGUACUCCGGAUGCUGCCUUGGUUAGGAAUAUCUAUUUGCCGAUGAUGGGCUACAUUCAUGAAAUUGAAAGCUUCAUGAAGUGCAAGUCGGGUCAAUUAUGUAGUUUGAAUACGUUCCUUGCCAAUUACGUUAAGGACGCGUAUUUAGCGCGUGGCCACAACAGAAACUUACAGCUUACGAUAGAUUCGUUGUCGAAAACUCAGGACGCCUGGCGGACGAUUAUCACACCGGAGGAAAUGAAACGACUUGGUUUGGCGAGACCAUUGUUGCAGAACACAGUUCUCGUCGAAAGCCGUAUCUCCGAAACAAAGAAACUCAUCGAAGAUCUGCCAACGUACUCGGACGAGCUUCUGAAGAUGGUUUGUUCCCUGUUGAAGACUUACCGGGAAACGUGUCAGGCUGCCUACCGUGGAAUCGUUCAGCCGGAAACCGAGGACAAACGAAUCUAUAGCGUUGCGUGGCUCAAGGAUGACGACAUUAUGCGGUUUCUGAAAUCCCUACCCAACUGGACUGAUCUGAUCAACGCCCGGCUCCGACAAGCUUCCCAAAAACGAGGGAUGAAGGCUGAACCGUCAGAGGAGGAAAGUCCGACGGCCGUGCAGCAGCGAAACAUUCGGGAGGCCGAAAUGUUGACUAGCAACCUAGGCGAAGGAGGAAUUUCGCAACAGGAAAUCCUGUCCGACGUUGGUGUCCUCAAGGAGCUGGCCAUACUGCAGGAAAGUAUGGAAUGGUUCGCCGGACGGAUAACUGAUUUUGCUAGCGAUCUACGCAAACCGAUCGCUAACGGGUUGAUGGGAAGUGGUGGCGUUGGAUCUUCGCCAGUUGUCGUGAAGGACGGUAUGAUUAAGGUGCUGAUGAAUUUGGCGCUGGAGUUUGAGGAACUGGCAAAUACGUGUUUACUGGUGUUACACCUGGAGGUUCGAGUUCAGUGCUUCCAUUAUCUGAAAUCUAACCCAUCGGAUAAGUUUAAGGCAAACAACCCGAACAAAAACGACUCACUGGAGCCGGACGCCAAGGUGUUGAAGCUCACGAAGGUGCUCUCCGAUAUGGACGAAGCCUUGAGUUCGACGCUGCAUCCUCGAAAGACCAAGUACGUCUUUGAAGGGCUUGCUCACUUAGCAUCCCGGAUUCUAGUUAUGGCGGCCAAUUCGAUGGAAGCAAUCGAUCAUCCCGGGGUCCAAAGAAUGUGUAGGAAUGCGUUGGCUUUGCAGCAGACACUGAGCAGCAUAACAGCUUCCCGAGAAGUGGCCCUGGACUAUGCAAGGUCGUUCUACGAAAUGUUCUACCUGGAACCGGACGAAAUCCUGACAUCGAUCAUAGAGAAAGGUUCCCAGUUCACCGAGAUGCAAUACUUGAACGCGCUCCAUCUGGUGUGCAAAAAUCGCGGUAUCAGUGACCAAAACACCUUGGCUAUGUACCAGCAAAAGCUGUGCGACGUUCUGGGAAACAAACCGGGCCUUGGUGUUACGGUCUAAUGUUUCUUUUUUUUUAAUCUAAAAAAUGAAAAAGCCGGUUCUAGUGAAGCUGCAAUGAUUGCUGCAUCUACGUUUUAGUGCUUUAGGAAGUCCCAGGGGAAUGCUGUUCAAAUGGAUGGUACUAAAUUUGCAGAAAUACGCUACCACAAGUAAACAAUAAAAACAUAAAAGUUUAACGUUGCAUAAUAGAUUGGUCGUAAAGCGUUAAAAGUAGCAUGUUGUUAACGAAAAAUUGUUGAUGAUAAAAAUAUUAUUCACGAUAUCAAAAGGAAAGACUCAUCAAAACUAAUCCCGUUUAUCAGUAGAAAAACAAAUAAGAUAUAAAAUGUUCCAGGUUCCAAAUAAUGUGAGAAAAAAGCAUAUUGCCGACCACAAUAAGAUAAAAGCUGUAAAUUAGUUAUUAAUUCUGUGAAAUGCGCGAAGAACGAAGAAAAGUAUCUAAGCUAAUGACAAAAUCGUGUUCAUCAUUUAGAAAAGUUAUCUACUAGGCGAAAGUGAAUCUUGUGCUGUAUAACUGAAAAAAUAAACUCAUACUAAAAAAAACUAAAGAAAAUACAUGAAUUGUUCAACCCUUAGCGCAAACGACAUCAGUUAGAAACUGAUUGCCUUUAUGCGAUUUGGUUGAUAUUUUAGGUGACCCAGCCGAGAGAAUAAAAAAAUUAUUUAUUCCUGUUCUAUAGCGCAUAGCUGGAACCAGUCGCUUCGCUCACUGUACUAACAAUACCAAGCAUUGCGUUUUACUCCUCUGAAAACAAGACAGAUUAAGAAAAAAGGGGGUAACCUUACCGAACAAUAUGAUUAUUUGUAGGAUCCUAACCAAUGUUGAAAUAAAAUUAACUAAGAUUACAAAAA